AUGCUUCUGCUUAGAAAUAAAAGUUCUAACUUCCUUGUCUCAAGAAACAAUCCUCUUUCUCUCUUAACCACCUGUCUCCCCCCCCCACUAUCUUUGGAUUCUGCUGUCUCUCUAAUUCUAUUUCUCUCUCAAGGAACAGUUUGUUUUGUUUUUUUCUUUUUUGUUACAGCAAUCACAAACUCUCUCUCUCUCUCAUUCACCAUGUCCUUUUCCUUUCAUUAUCUUUCUCUAAUCCUCUCUAUUGUAUUCUUUAUCUUUUUCUUACUAUUUCUAUAUCCCUCCUACUUCACCUUUUUAUCUCUCUCUCUAUUCUUUACUGCGAUACUCUCUCUCUCUAUUCUUUACUGUGAUCCUCUCUCUCUCUCUAUUCUUUACUGUGAUCCUCUCUCUCUCUCUCUAUUCUUUACUGUGAUCCUCUCUCUCUCCUCUAUUCUUUACUGUGAUCCUCUCUCUCUCUAUUCUUUACUUCUUUCUAUAUCCCUCCUACCUCCUCCUUUUUACUCUCUCUUUCUUUUUUACUAUCAUCCUCUCCUCCCUCUUUUCUGCAUUUCUCCUCAUCUUCUCUUUCUAUUCUCAUUCCAUUUGUUCAAAUACCAUCCUCUUUCCUUCUUUUUAUUACCCCCUUUCCUUUCAUUUGAAGUUUUCUCUAUUUUCUCCUAG